AUGGUGUGCUUGAAGAACAACAAGACCACACUUGACCUGCAGAAACUCCCUGCUAAAGAAAAUGGGGCGAGUGUGUGGGUCCCUGACCCAGAUGCAGUCUGGGUUUCAGCUCAGCUCCUGCAGGACUACAGGCCUGGAGACAAACAGCUACAGCUACAGCUCUCUAAUGGAAAUGAGGUCCGUUACUCUGUGGACUCUCCUUCUGAUCUCCCACCGCUGGGGAACCCUGACAUCCUGGAGGGUGAGAAUGACCUGACAGCCCUCAGCUUUCUCCAUGAGCCUGCUGUGCUACAUAACCUCCGGGUUCGAUUUCUGGACUACAGUUGCAUCUACACCUACUGUGGUAUUGUGUUAGUUGCAAUCAACCCCUACGAUCAGCUUCCUAUAUAUGGGGAGGAGGUGAUAGAUGCUUACAGUGGUCAGGACAUGACUGACAUGGAGCCUCACAUCUUUUCUGUGGCAGAAGAAGCCUACCGCACCAUGACUAGGGAGGAGAGGAACCAGUCCAUCAUCAUCAGUGGGGAGUCAGGCUCAGGGAAAACUGUCUCAGCCAAAUUCACCAUGCGGUACUUUGCUGUGGUUGGAGGAGCAGCACAGCAGACCAGCGUGGAGGAGAGGGUUCUGGCCUCCAAUCCCAUCAUGGAGUCCAUAGGGAAUGCAAAAACCACUCGGAAUGACAACAGUAGUCGUUUUGGAAAGUACAUUGAGAUCGGCUUUGGCAGGAAGGGGGACAUCAUCGGGGCCAACAUGAGAACAUAUCUGCUGGAGAAAUCAAGGGUUGUCUUCCAGGCAUCAGAAGAGAGAAACUACCACAUCUUCUAUCAGCUGUGUGCCUCCAGAGAGCUGCCUGAAAUGAGGUCGCUCAAACUGGAUGCGCCUGAAUAUUUUCGCUACACUAACCAGGGAGGACAGGUGCAGAUACCAGACACAGAUGAUUUGUCAGACCUGGAACGAACUCGCAAUGCUUUCACAAUCUUGGGUGUGCAGCCUGACCAGCAGAUGGAGCUCUUCAGGAUCUUGUCAGCUGUCCUCCACCUCGGUAAUGUCGACAUUCAAGCCAGUGGGAGAAGUUCUGACCGGAGUUACAUCGAUGCAGAGGACCGCUCUCUUGCUGUUUUCUCCAAGCUGUUAGGAGUUGAGGGAUCUCAGAUGGCUCACUGGCUGUGCCAUCGCAGACUUGCUGUAGGAGGAGAGAUGCUGGUGAAGCCUAUGACCGGGCAGCAGGCUCUAGAAGCCCGAGAUGCACUUUCCAAACACAUCUAUGGUCAGCUGUUUACGUGGACAGUCCAGAGGCUUAACUCAGCCCUGCGCACACAGAAGGGGAAGACCAAAUCCUUCAUAGGCGUGUUAGAUAUCUACGGAUUUGAGACGUUUGAACGGAACAGUUUUGAGCAGUUCUGUAUAAAUUAUGCAAAUGAAAAACUGCAGCAGCAGUUCAACAGGCACGUCUUCCACUUGGAGCAGGAGGAGUAUGUCCGAGAGGAGCUUGCCUGGGACAGGAUUGAAUUCAGUGACAAUCAGCAGUGUAUCGAUCUCAUUGAGGGACAUCUGGGCAUGUUUGAUCUGUUAGAUGAGGAGUGCCGGAUGCCCAAAGGUUCAGACGAAAACUGGGUGCGCAAGCUGUACGACCAACAUCUAACCAGUAUGCCCCAUCCUCACUUCAGGAAACCUCGCAUGUCCAACAGUGCCUUCAUCAUACUGCACUUUGCUGACAUUGUGCAGUAUGAAUGCGAUGGCUUUUUAGACAAGAACCGAGACACGGUUUUUGAAGAGCUCAUUAACAUUCUCAAAGCAAGUCAGUCUGAGCUAGUGGCUGAGUUGUUCCAGCAGCAGGGAAAUAGACCCUCUGUGGCCAAUGGAAGCAUUCGCUCAGGGACAAGAGCCACCAGAGAACAUAAGCUGACUGUAGGCUUCCAGUUUCGUCAGUCCUUGCAGAUGUUAAUGGACACUCUCAAUAGCACCACACCUCAUUACGUCCGCUGUAUCAAACCAAAUGACCUAAAAGAACCGUUUAUGUUUGACCCUAAGAGGACAGUCCAGCAGUUGAGAGCCUGCGGGGUCCUGGAGACUAUUCGUAUCAGUGCGGCAGGUUAUCCAUCCAGAUGGACAUAUGAGGAGUUCUUCAGCAGAUAUCGCGUUCUACUUCAAGGGUAUCAGAGCCAGCAGCACGCCCAGGCCUUGUGCAGACAGGCCAUGUCUCAGCUCAUCCCAGACCCAAACCAGUACUGCUUUGGAAAGACCAAAGUAUUCUUCCGGGCAGGUCAGGUGGCUCUUCUGGAGAGGCUUAGAGCUGAGAGACUGCGUAUGGCUGCUGUGGUCAUCCAAAGUUGGGUCAAAGGAUGGCUGGCACGGAUCAGAUACAGCAGGAUCGUUUGGGCAACUGUCACCAUUCAGAGAUACUGCAGAGGAGGUCUCGCCAGACGGCUGGCUCUAAUACUGCGCUACACUAAAGCUGCCUUAGUGAUCCAGAAGACCUAUCGCAUGCUGGUGGUCAGGCAGCUGUUCCUCAUGAUCCGACAGGCUACUAUCACCAUCCAGGCCUUCACCAGGGGCACAUUGGCACGCCGCAGAUAUAGACAGUUGGUGGCAGAGAGGGCUGCUGUGCUGCUCCAGGCGAGUGUGCGUAGGUGGUUGGCGAGGCGGGCUUACAGGCGGGUGCAUGCGGCGGUGGUCUUCAUGCAGUGCUGCGUGCGCCGCAGGGCUGCCAGGAGAGAGCUGCUGAAACUGAAGACAGAGGCCCGCUCAGUGGAGAGGUACAGAGAGCUCAACAAAGGCAUGGAAGUCAAGCUGAUGCAGUUGCAGCUGAGAGUAGACCAGGAGGCAAGGCAGAGUGCUGCUUUGAGAGAGACCCUUAAUGCAGAACGAGGGGCUGCUGGUGCCGAGCUGGAAGCUCUGAGGGCCAUCAUAAAGAAACUAGAGAACCAGAAACAGGAGAAACCUCCAUCUGUCCCAGUCAUCAGUGAGAAAGAAGUGGAAGAAAGGAAGAAAGCUGAGGAGAAAAUUGCCCAACAGAUCCUUCAACUCACACAAGAGCUGCAAGCCCUGCAGAAAGAAAAGGACAGCGUUUCCACAGAGAAAGAAGAACUUUCUGCUCGCUUGCUUGACCAAGAAAAAGCACAGAAUGAGUGUGUGCGUAAGGCUGUGCUGCAGGCGAGUGCAGCUCUUCAGGCAGAGCUGGAUCAGGAGAAGACCAAGUAUCAGGGCCUCCUGAGGGAAUUUACCAGACUGGAGCAGAGAUAUGACAACCUCAGGGAGAUGAGUCUGUUCACUGAGCAUACCAAGGGCCACAGAAGGAACGACUCCUCCCAGAGUCUGAGCUUGGAGCCGCUCUCUCCCUCCCCAACUCCGCUCUCGCCCCAGUCUCUCGGCCCAUUCACAGCAUCACCCUUCACAUCUGCCUUGCCUUCACCAGAGGAGGUGCGCAGAGUUAGUGUGACGUCUCCAAGUUUUGAGAGGAGACUCUCAGUGUGGAACUCUGAAACACCAAUGGACCAACUGAUGGAGAAGAUGGAUGUGGCCAAAGACCCGGCGGUGAAGAUGAAAAGAGAAGACUUGGAACUCGCUUAUGAUGCUGUGCGAGUGGCCAACAAGUUCCUAGAGAGCCAGCUGCGUAACCAGCACAGCCAGCAGGAAAAGGAACUGGAGGCUCUGAGGUGCCAACUCAGUCAAUCAAUAUCUUCUUCUUCUUCUGCACAGGCACAGGAGCUCCAGGAGUUGCUAGAAGCCAGAGAGCAUGAGUGUGUGCGGCUGAGAAGGGAGCUGAAGGAGCUUAGAAACAUCUCGUCACUCAGACGACUCCUGACACAAGAGACUUCCUGUCCACAUCACUCAAAGCCAACAGCAGCAGUCACUGGUUUGCUGGAAUGUAGGAAAAAAGAUGAAACCAAACUUAUCAAGAACCUCAUCACAGACAUCCGUGUCGAUGGCGCGCUCUCCCUGCCCCCCGGUUUGCCCGCCAGCUUGCUCUUCUUGUGCGUCCGUCAAGCUGACUGCAGUGGAGAUCAGGCUCGUGCUCGCUCGCUCUGCAGCACCACUGUCACCGCCAUGAAGGCUGCUCUGAAGAAACAUAUUAAUGAUGUAGAUAUGACUGCUCUGUGGCUGAAAAACCUCUGUCUGUUGCAUGACCUGUUGAUUCAGCACUCUCCACAACGGACUCUUGAUUCAGAUGAACAGGUUCCACUGACCGCUGACAUGAGCGACGUGAUCCGCACCCUGAGUGACCUCUGUAUCCAGGCCUACCAGCAGCUUCUCACCAUCUCUGGGAAGCGUCUACACAACAUCAUAGUCCCUGCUUUGCUGGAGAGCGAAACCAUCACCGGUCUGUCUGGUUCAGCAGUGAAGCUGGGAGUGUCCAGGAAGCGAGCAGGCUCAGACCCCAGGCCUGUAGGAGGGGAUGCUCCAACCAUGGCUUCUGUGCUAAGGGAGCUUGGAGCCCUUCACACUGCCAUGACCCGCCAGUUUUUGCCCCAGAGUUUGUUGGAGCAGGCCUUCCGCCAGCUCACCCACGUCAUCUGUGCAUCAGCUCUUAAUAAUUUGCUGCUGAGGAAAGACAUGUGCUGCUGGAGUCGUGGCAUGCAAAUACGCUACAAUGUGAGCCUGCUGGAGGAGUGGCUGCGGAGUCGAGAUGUGCAGGCAGGUGGCGCUGUGACCACAUUGGAGCCACUUAUCCAGGCAGUUCAGCUGCUGCAGGUGGGGAAAAAGACCGAGGCGGAUGCACAGGCCAUUGUUCAGACCUGCACAGCCCUCUCCAGUCAGCAGAUUGUGAAGAUUUUGACCCUCUACACGCCCCAGAGUGAUCUUGAUGAAAGAGUCACUCUGAAUUUCAUCCGUAUUGUUCAGGGGCUUCUCAAAGGCCGCUCUGCCAGUCCGCCUCCACAACUCCUAAUGGACCUGAGGAGAGAGUUUCCUGUCACAUUCCCUCACUUGCCUCCCCCAGUCCUCAGUGCUAAAGAGUUGGUCAUCCCUGACUCUCUCAAGAUCUCGUUUCUGCGUAAAGCCUAAAAAAAACUGGAUGCGAAAGUGCAAAAUGUGCCUCUCAACCUUCUGAAUUAAAUCCUGUGCAAUUUAAACAA